GAAAAAUAAUUUAUUAGCCUGCCCAAAAUCCCCAAAUUUCUUGUCUUCUUUCUUAUAGCUUCGGAGACCGUUGUAACCAGCCUGAGGCCCUGAGUAUAAGAAGAAGAAGAACCCAGCGCUCGGACGGCGGAAGGCGGCCACCAAUCCGACGCUCAGUUGGUUUUUAAAAUCAAAGUGGCAGGAGGGAGCUGAUUAGUUUCCACUGAGGAAUGGGAGCUAUAAAGGAUGGUUCGAUUUCGGGUUUUUUACCUAGUAGCAGCGAAGUAUUUGCUGUUCAUUACCCUGGUUACCCUUCUUCAACUGAACGAGCAAUCGAGACACUGGGUGGAAAAGACGGCAUCCUUAAGGCCGUCCCUUCUUUUCAGGUUCGUUCAGAGAAGUCAAACAAGUUAAAGCUACAUUUUCGUCCUGAAGAUCCAUAUUCCCACCCAGCCUUUGGGGAACUCCUGCCCUGCAAUAAUUACCUGUUGAGAAUUUCCAAAAAGAAAGUUAAGGACUCGCAAAAUAUGAAAGUUUGCAACAUGAAUUCUAACCAUACGUCAUCGAGUUCACUUCACACCGAGAAGAAUAUUGCAAUCUCUCAGUCAACAGAAACUACUGAAAAUAUCACGCAACCCGAAUGUGAAUCCAUUUCAUCUGCUUCAGAAGUCAAACAGAUAAAUGAUGGAGCUCAAGAGGAGCUGUUUGCUGACAUUGUUUCUAGAGUUUCUGAGGCAUAUCACUUCAAUGGGAUGGUGGAUUAUCAGCAUGUGCUUGCUGUUCAUGCUGGUGUAACUCGAAGGAAGAAAAGAGAUUGGGCUGAAGUAGAAGCACAAUUAGAGGAAGUUGGUCUAUUGGAUGUUAAUCAGGACGACUUAAUGAUUUUAGUGCCACCACUAUUUUCAAAGAAGGAUCUUCCUGAAAAAGUUGUCGUCUCGCUUCUGAUGAGUCUCACAAGCUCCUGCUCUACGGAGCCCUCUGGAGCUAGAGUGACGGAAAUGGAAGGCUUUUCUCUACUACUUAUGACUUCACUUGGCUUCGCCAAUACUUUUGACUGUGCUGGAGUUCGUUCGUUCCUUACUACUACUGUAGGGGUAGUAAGUCAAGGCCUUGCUGAGUGUACAAACAAGCUCGAAAGCAGUUUGAAAACAUAUGGAGAUCCGAGUUCGAAAAAGAAACAAGAGGAACCUGUACAGCCACGUUGGGGUAUCCCCAAGAAAGUAAAUUGGGAGGAUUCCAUACCCAGAAAUUCAGAUCAAUGGCGAUUGCAGAUGGCAGUUUGUGAAAUGUUUGAUGAGCGUCCAAUAUGGAUCAAACAUUCAUUAGCUGAACAGUUACUUGACCGAGGUAUAAGUGUUGUAAACAAAGUGCUCAGAAGGCUUCUUUUUAUAGCAGCAUAUUACUUUUCAAAUGGGCCAUACUUGAGGUUCUGGAUCAGAAAAGGAUAUGAUCCUCGCAAGGAUCCCGAGUCCCGCAUAUAUCAGAGGACUGAUUUUCGAGUACCUCCUUCAUUACGAGGUUAUUGUGACACCAAUGAGCUAUCAGGAUUGAAGUGCAGGUGGGAGGAUAUUUGUGCAUUCCGAGUUUUCCCUCGCAAAUGUCAGCUUUCUUUGCAACUCUUUGAACUUAAGGAUGACUAUAUUCAACAAGAAAUCCGGAAACCUGCAAGUCAAGAAAACUGCAAUCUGCAAACUGGGUGGUUUUCAGCACAUGUAAUUGAGUCCUUGAGAUGGCGAGUCGCUCAGAGGUUCCUGUCAGUUUAUCCUGAGGCUGGCGCAGAAUCAUUGCUCCGAAGUGUUACCAAAAACUUUGAGAAGUCAAAGAGAUUGCAAGUGAAUAAGAUGGAUACAAAAGCUGAUGGAGAGGGAAAGCAAGCUGAUAAAGAAGUUUUAGAAACCGAAGAUAAAGAAACCAAUGAUGAAGCUGAAUAUGACGAAGAUGAAGAUGAGAUGGAGGAUUACAAUCUUGAAGAAGACGUGGAUGCAGAUGAGGAGCUUGAUCCAGUGGAUCAGGACAGGAGUUUCUCUUUGCCAGAUUCAUACAUGGACCAUGAAAAUAUCUCGAAGGACUAUCUACAGGAGCUUUUUGGUAGUUUUCCGUUUGGUGCUACCAAUGGACACGAAAUGCCAGAUGAUGAUGGAGGCUAUCAGAUUUAUGAUGAUAAUUUUUCUGAGGAUGAGGAUUACUAAUAUGUCAUCUUUUUUGUUUUAUUUGAUAUUUUUUCAGUUUUAUAGAUUUGGCUCGAGCCUCAGGUCAGUUUUCAUGAAGAACACGGCAAGUAGGCUUCGUGCUGCAUCACAAUGGUAAUCAGGUUGUGAAGUGGAAGUUAGCAGAUAUGUUUUCUAAUGAGUUAAUUGAUACAACUUACUACGCCAAAUAUAAUAUUAAAUAAAAGCUUAAUUGCAAAUAAAAUCAUGACCUUUUUUAAAAUUGCAAUUAUAUGCAUCAUUUUUAAACUUGGCAAAUAUAUCUACAACUUUUACAAUUUUUUGCAAUUGUAUGCAUCGGGCUCAAUUUCGGGCUUUUAUUGCCAACGUGGAGACAUGACUGCUGAUAUGGCGUUGACAUGG